AUGAUCAACAAAGAGCAGAACCCAUCGUUAGUCCUUAAAGCUGUCCAACAACUCGAGUUCGAGGAUCGCCCGGUGCCAGAUUUGUUAGAGCCCUACGAUGUUUCCGUGAGGAUUGAAUACACAGGGAUAUGUGGCAGUGAUGUCCACUACUGGCAACGGGGCCGAAUUGGUCAAUUUAUCCUCGAAAAACCCAUGGUGCUGGGCCAUGAGUCAGCUGGAGUAGUAGAGAAAGUUGGAUCUAAAGUGAAGUCACUUACAGUGGGCGACCACGUUGCCCUAGAACCAGGAGUGCCCUGCCGACGAUGCACGUUUUGCAAAGUCGGGAGCUAUAACCUGUGCAGCGAGAUGGCAUUUGCUGCUACUCCUCCCUUCGACGGCACCUUGGCCAAGUACUAUGUUUUGCCCGAGGACUUUUGCUACAAGCUUCCUACGAAUGUUAGCUUGCAAGAAGGCGCCGUUGUGGAGCCCCUCAGUGUUGCAGUGCAUCUUGUUCGACAGGCCGCAUUGCAGCCAGGGCAGUCGGUGGUAGUAUUUGGCGCAGGGCCCGUCGGCCUCUUGUGCUGUGCGGUGGCACGAGCUUUUGGGGCCUCCAAGGUGAUUGUGGUUGAUGUACAACCUAAACGAUUGGAAUUCGCUCGUGCCUACGCGGCAACUGCUCAUUUUCUGCCGGGCAUGGACUCCUCUCCGGCGGAUAACGCUGUUCGGCUGAAAGAAGAAAAUGAACUUGGAGUAGGCGCAGAUGUUGUCAUUGAGGCUUCUGGCGCGGAGCCAUCGGUGUAUACUGGCAUCCAUAUAUUGAGACCCGGCGGAACGUAUGUCCAAGGAGGGAUGGGAAGGGAGGAAGUUAAGUUUCCAAUCACGACGGCAUGCACAAAGGAGCUCGUGAUACGGGGAAGUUUCCGAUAUUCCAGUGGCGAUUACAAGCUCGCUAUUGCGCUGAUUGCUGCCGGGAAAAUUGAUGUUAAGGCGCUGAUCACGCAAGUUUUCAAAUUUGAGGAUGCGCCGCGGGCGUUUGAGGAGGUGAGAUUGGGGAACGGGAUCAAGACUCUCAUAGGGGGUCCAGGAGUGUGA